CGAAGCCAAAGCAGCUCAAAACGACGACGUCGGGAGAGAUGUUCUCCCUCUUAAACGACGAUCUCCUCCACAACAUCCUCGCCCGCCUCCCUGCUCCCUCCUUCGCCGCCGCCGCUUGCGUCAGCAAAUCCUGGAGUCACGUCUGCACCCUCAUCCUCUCUCGCCCCAAACUCGCAUCCGCUCUCUCUCUCAAUCCCAACCUCCAGGUCGCUUGGGAAGAGGUCACACAGAAGGUCCUAGCCGAGCCGAUUCGGCCGCAUUUCAUCAUCGCCAAUGUCGGCAGCGGGGCCCGCUUGAUCGCUGUUCACAAUCUUAUAUUGGAGAAAUUCGGGUCCGGAGUUCCGUUUGUUGUUUCUGUUGUGGGUGGGGUUCUUGGAAGAGAUGUUGCUAACUGCGAAAUCAAAGAGGUGCAAUGGGACUAUGUUUCGGGCGAUGUAAGCGAGGAAGAAGGCGAUGAACCUGCAGAGGAUGGGAGUCACGGCGUUCUUCUGACUGUAGGCUUUGUGCCGGGUUUGAAAGUUGAAGCUAUCCCGCUGUUAUCGACAAGUGCAUAUGAACAUCAAAAUGUCUUUAUGGAUGCGUUCCUCGCGGAUAUUAAGGAUUACACAGCCUCUGUUUCAGAUUGCAGAUCCCCUGUAGGGAUUAUAAUGUUUGGAGAUGGGUGUAAUAAUAUGAGGCCAGUAGUUGAUGCUCUGGAUUAUGCUAUGCCCAAGGAAACUAUUAUCGUGGGUGACGAGAAGGGUCGGUUUCUGUAUAAAAGUGAGAAGGAGUCUAGAAAUAUCUAUGGGAGUGCAAAAUUCAUUUCAGUUGCUGUUGCUCUUGUAUUUGCCAGGGACAAAGAAAACUCUUGUGGGGAUAUUCAAUUUCACAUUGCAUUGUCCGAAGGAGUGUCAACAGUAGGUCCCAAACACAAGGCUGUCUCAGUUAGAGCUACAGCCUCUGAUUCUACUUGGCUCACUGCUAGAAGAGAAGGAAACCGGGAGAUUCUUGAUGGUCAACGAAUCCUGGAUGAUAUUAAUGAUGAGUUACAAGAUCACACAGAUUCGUCUGACCUUUACAUUGGGGUUAAAAAACGAAGAAGUAUCUCCACAGGGUCAAAGAAGCGUAGGCUGGUUACUUACCUGGAUUUCCAUGGGGUUACAGGUGGAGACGAAGAGUAUCUUUAUGUCAAUGACGUUGGCAUCAAAACUGGUGAUUACUUCCAUUUCUAUCGUCCAGAUCCCCAAACUGCCUUGUCAUCAUCUGCAGAUCUCUCUGUAAGCCUGAAAAACGUGAACCUGGGGGAAGUAUUUGGGGGUUUCAUCUUUGCUUGUUGUGGCCGUGGUGAGUCGUUCUUUGGACGUGUGAAUGUGGAUAGCUCUCCUUUUGUUGAGAACUUCCCUGGGGUUCCAUUGGGAGGAGUAUUUUGUGGGGGCGAAAUUGGACGUGGCUCUUCAAUGCUUACCAAGGAAGCUCAGAAGGAUUGCAAAUGCAAUCUGCAUGUGUACAGUACUAUUUAUCUUGUGUUGUCAUUUACUCCAGCAGUAUUAGAUCAUUAGAUGUUGCCUGCUGUAUAGCUCCUUUCAAUGUAAAUGGGAUGUGCUCUGCCUCUCAGCUGCAAUUGGCCUACUUAAUUGUUGGCUUAUGCUCCAGUUCUUUCCCAUUUUAGAGAACAGAUUUCCAUUUUCUUUUUUGCCGUUCAGUAGAACUGAAUCUGUUUGUACAAUCCUAUAUGGCUCCAAAUUCAGUUUCCAAUGGUAUUUUUCAUUUCAGCAUAAAA